UCACCGCCGGACUGCUGUGGUGAUGGAGGUGAUGCUGAGGCUGCUGAAGGAUCGGGCUGGACUGGAGGUGUGUGACGGGGUUGGACGAUUGGCACUGGGGCUGGAGCCGGAGCUGGGGGGCUGGAUGGUCGGGCCACCGCUGGGCCCCUGUAACCUCUGAUGAGUUCCGAAGUCCCAUGUCACUGCAGAGGAGGGCGGGGAGUGACAACCGGGAGAUUCGCUGCCAGUCGGGAGCUGAUCGCUGGGCAACUCUCCGCUCUUCCACAUCUUCUUAAACUUGGAGCGCCGGUUCUGGAACCAGAUCUUCACCUG